CGAGAACCAGGAAAUACGAAAAUAACUUACAAAUUCUAGCAGUACAAUGUAGCUUUAUGUCCGACGCUUUCAGCCAUAUAAAAUGCAAUGAACGAAAUGUACAGGUCAUGCAUAUCUUGCGCAAUCGGGAUAUUCGAGGCAGAAAAGGUGUCUUGAGUCAAUUUCUCUCACCAAAACAAUUACAUGUAUAAGUGGCGUUGAACAUCCAUGAUGUCAUCUGAUUAAUUUACAUGAUGUCGGAGAAGAAUUUGUUCCGCAUUGGUGAGACCGUACACAAUGAAACCCAUCAGGCGGCGUGUGACGAUGUCAGGCCUGUUCAUCUUUACGCAAAUAUUUCCCAGCAAUUUAAGAACACAGAAAAUGGACAGAGAUUGAAUUUGCUUAAAGUUGAACCAUUAGAGACAACCGUUACUGAUUCAGAGCGAUUAGUUAACGUUGAUCAGCCUGGAACUUUGUCAGGUGCAAGUGUAAAUCUUUUUACAUCAAAUUUUUAUAAUCAUUGUUUAACAGUGACCAAAGAAGACAAUGCUAACAUUGAACUGCUUGACAAAAUGCCAGGUGUGACAAAUGGCUAUGUAAAUGCACUUGGAGCUAUACAAUCAGAGGUGUUUGGCAGUGUUGAUGUAAUGAAAGAAGAAAGAAGAGAUAUAAGUGAUGAUCAUAGUGACACUGCUCAAGAAAGUAGUUCUAUUUUUUCUGACCUGGAUAUCAGACCAAACUCCCCUAGUGUUACCAUUCAUGGGUUUACUGAUGGAACCAAUGAAGAAUCAGAUAUUGAAAUCAAACCUGAAUUGGAUAACUUCCUUGGAAUUAAUCAGGGACCAGCUAUUGAUAUUAAACCGAACCUACAAGACUUGAAUGACAUUCAUCAAGAAGGCUGCAGUGCAAACAGAGCUAUUCAAUAUUUGAAAUCUGAUCCUAAGCCAGAAAGUACCAAUUCAAAGGCCAUAUUUUCAAUUGGAAUGGUAAGAACUCUUAGUGAGGAAUUACAAGAUGUUAAACCAGAUAUUGAAUCAGAGCCUAGAACACAAACUUCAAAAGUACUAACAGGGUGUUCAGGUACCCCGAAUAUCAGAUACUUGUUGGAGCAAGGCAUUCCUUCGGCUACGAAAGGAAACUCUACAUUUAAAAAUCAACCAACAUCAAUUCCUUUUUCAGAGCAGAGAAAUCUACAUUCAACGGCUGGACACACUGGUAAUAGAAACGUUUUAGUGCCAACCAACCAGACGUCCACAGCUUUACAACAAACAGCAUGGUCUUUCCAAACAUGCGCAUCUCUUGACGGCACUGUCAGUCCAUCGGUUUCAUGUGAAGAAACUGUAAAAAAAGAACAAUCACCUCUUGUAUCAAAUGAUCUGCUCCAAGAACAACAUGAACCCACAAGAAUGCCAGGACCGUCGAUUUAUUUACAUUCACCACACGCAAUAGUUUCCACACGUUUUACAAAACAAUGCCCUGAAUCUAACGCUGACCGUCUACCCAAAAAAGCAUUGCCAGUCUCCUGUCAAGGUGCAAUGAUGUCACAUGUAGGUUGUGUAGCCAGUUUUCCUGAAACAGAAGCCUCAAAUGUUGAAGAUGUGUCAUCAGCAUCAUCAGGAGACAGCCAAAUACCUGGUACUAGUAGAAUUGCAUCUAGAAAUAUCAAUAGUGCACGCAUUACACGCAUUGAUGAUAUAUUUACAAAGGGUAAUGCGUCACAACAAAACCUUCAGAGACCAAAGUUGUUAGGAUACUUACUUACCAGUCCGCGCAGUACUUCAACAGUCCAUUCAGCAAGAGAUCCACCAAAAGCAGUUAUUGAAGUUACGCGUUCACCAAAAUCUGAUUUGCGAUGGGUCAACCCAGUUUCGACUUUACCUACCAAAAGCAUUACCUCACAACUUGUUUCACUUGGUGGAAAUUGUACAGUCCAAUCAAAUCAAGUUUAUACUCACAAACCUUGUAUUAAGUUGGCAAGAUCUGCUCCAUGUAAUGUAGCAAUUUCCCAGCCUACUUCUGCUGUCAGUCACAGUUAUGCAAACUCGCAAACCUCUUGUGCUAACAGUAUUCAGGACACAAGUUCAAUGUUGGUAGAAAAAGAUGUUUCUUUUAGAAAUCCGAUGAAGUUUUUCCAUAGAACACAUGCUAUAGUGUCAUCACCUUACAGCAACAAUGAUAACACUGAAACUCUUCAAAAAACAAAACAAGUGGGAUCAGAAAGUACUGGUACUGUUAAACAACAACAGGUUACUGAAACGAAUGACAAAAAACAAAUACCAAAUGCAACUAGAAAAGUUGCUAAAUCUGUUGAAGGGAUUGCGAAACCAAGUCAACUCGAUAAGUCUAAAGAUAUCUGUUCAUCAAAGGUUUCUUUGGACCAGAAGAAAAAAACCAUGGGUACAAAUUUUGCCUCCAGACUCAUCAAAGCAAAUGCAAAAGAAACUUCAACAUCGAUAGACUUUAGCAUAUUUCGCUCACCUAAGAUCUGGAAACGUGGUAAACUACAAAUGCUAAAUGAAUUGAACACAUCCCAGGUUUUCUUUGAAGACGAGGUUUUAUUUAAUGUGUGUAUAGAUUAUGGACAUGAGCUUGCUUUGGAUUGGUGGUUUGAGGAAUCGGGUGAAAAACAUCAAAGUCAAGUGCUUAAAGUUGACAAAUUUGAUAAACCUGAUGUUCUAGCUUUGUUGAAGAACAAGGUGUCAAGCUCUGAGUUCCAGUAUGUUUUCUCGGAAGUGGUUUACCCUGGAUUAUUCAGUUCAUCGUCGUUGAUAUCGUUGUUUAGAAUGUUUCAUCGGAAGUGGUUUCUAGUGACAGAAAAUAAACAUGCAGUUUUAUUGAGAAAGUACAUUACGUCAAGGUCCUGGCAUGUGUCGAAAGUAUUCUCUUAUAUUAAAUUAAGUGAAGAUAAAGUGAUGGUUGAUUGUCCAGGCACAAUAAUGCAAUUUCCAGAAAGAGGAGAUUUGUUGGAACCCUUACUCAUAGUUGAACGUAGAGCAGAAAAUAAUAUUCAAGGCGGAUGGAGAUACAAUUUGCAUUUUGCAUCGGUAAAGAAUAGUGAUUUUUUACAGGAAAACUGGAAACGAUUGUCCAAAUUAGGACUAAAGAAAACAAUGUGUCCACAAGUUGUCAGUGCUCGAGAUAAAGGCGACUCUAUCCGCUUAAUAUUUCUUCCAGUGGAUAAAUUUCAUAGGCCAUUGGUCAAAGGUUGCUGCUUUAUGCAAAAUGGCUGUACCAAGGUUUAUAUUGUAUUCGUUCCAGUUUUUAGCGUGUUCAAUUGCUAUUCAAUUGUCGAGAAAACCUACACUGUGUUAAGUUUGAUUGAAGAUACUGGUGCUGUGAGCAGAGCUAUAGAUGGCAAAACAGAAGACACAUCUUUGGAAGGAGUUGAGGUUGCUUUUGAAAACAGUAAUGAAAAUCAAGUUGAUCUGGCGUCAGCUGUUCAUGAAACACUGAUUUCAAGUAGUGACAGUUGUUCAGAUAGAGAAACGCUGCAAUUGCUCAGAAAAACGCUUAAAACUGGGCCCGAUAUUGAAACAUCUGGUUUAAAAGUCCAUCAACCUGUUGGUAGAUAUUUCUUGUCCGAAUCAAAGAUAGACAGCACUGUCACUGAAGGCAAAAGUCCAAAGGAAUUUUCAUCAGACAAUAUAACUGAUGAUGUGAAAUGUACACCUUCUAGGGAAUCAACUCAUGAACCAAAUUUGUACGGUUUUGAAAGCCACAGUGAAGCUGAACGGGUUAAACAUACAGACAACUUGUUAAGGCGUUCAUCGCAGAACAAUGCAAGCAAGGGCAAAAACAUGUCUCUGAAAUUAACGAGUCAAGAUGCCUUAAAAGAGAAUUGUCAUGGCUUUGAUAUAUUUCGCCCACAUGAUAUCUCACCAUGGUGGUUAAAGCCCUUGGACAAUUAUUCGACCACAUCUCAGGUUUUAGAAGAAGCGGAUUUGUUAUUGAGUGCUUGUGUAAGUGGUGAAAAUGACUUUGCUUUGGAUUGGUACUAUGAAGUAUCGAAUGAAAAGUAUAGAAGUCACUUUUUAAUAGUUGGCGCAUUUUUUAAACCAGAUGUAAUGGCUGAAUUGAUGGACAAGGUACCUAUCUCAGAGUUUCAGUAUGCUUUCUCAGACAUUUUGUACCCUGUAACACUCGACUCCUUCACAUCCUUGCAUAGACUUCAUGAGCGGAGUUGGUCACUUAUGACCAUGAAUAAGAGUGAAAUGUUAUUGAGACAAAUGAUGAAGUUGAUUAAAUGCCGUUGCAGACAAGUCAUCAACUGUAUAAAGUUCGAUGAUAAUAAAAUAAUGGUAAAGGCAUUUAAGAGUUGCACCAAAACAGUACAACGCGCCAAAACAGUACAACUCCCAAGUGAAACGCAAUUGACGGAACCCUUACUUAUUAUCGAGCGUAGACAAGACCAGGAAAUAAAGGGUGGAUUUAGGUACGAUUUGCAUGCUGCAUCAGUAAAGAUGAGUGAUUGUGCACGGGAACAAUGGAAGCAACUACAAGUACCUAGUUGUAUAAAGGGAAAAUUUUGUCCACAAGUUGUCAGUGCUCAAGACAGAGAUGGAAAUAUUCUCUUAGUAUUUUUGCCGGUGGAUAAAUAUCAUAGGCCAUUGGUAGAAGACUGUUCUUUUAUGCAGAAGGGCUGCUUCAAAGUGUUUGUUGUCUUAGUUCCAGCUUUUAGUGUGUUUAGCUGCCACUCGGUUGUUGUGAAGACAUAUGUUAUUUUAAAUAUGAUUGGUAGUAUCAGUCAGGUGACCAGAGCUAUGAAUAGAGAUUUCAAUCCAACGGCGGACAAAAGGAUGGUAGAAGGUGUGGAAUGUAUUUUAUCGGAUCCAAAGGAUUCUAGUACUUGCGAAUCAGUGUUUUCUAGAAGUAAUGUCUGUGUGAACAAAAAAUGCUCAAAAGAAACGCCUAAUGAUACGAACAACGGUGCCUCUGAUGGCACAGUGAAUACCGCAACUAUAUCCACAUUUGCUAGUGAUGCUACAGAUGCAAGUAAUAUUGACUGUGAUAAAAAGAGGUUUCAGAUGAAAUGUGUAGUCAGUCUGGAGAACAUUGAUUCAACUAUUGACACACAAAGAACUAAGUAUGAUUCCAACUGUGGGAAAAAGCGACGGUGCACUCAAGGUAUAUCGAACCUCGCUUCAAGAAAGAAGGCACGAACUGGUUCGGACUCCGACUAAGGGUAACACAAGUUCAACCCGGAUCGUUGACGAUUUCUUUAACUAUGAGGUCUUAAAAAAAGAUUUCGCUUAAGCGAGAGAAAUUGAGUGCGUAACUUCAUUAUACACGUCAAAAAACAUUCUCGAACAAACGGACUCUUCAAAAAUCGGUUGCAAAUUUUGCUUCUGAAUAAUCUGUCUUUCGGAAUGUUUGUUAAUUAAUGUUAGUAUGAUGUUAGUAUAAAAUUGACUUUUUUCAAUUGUGUGGAAAAACAUGAACAUAAUAUGCUCCUUCUGGUAGUUUUACUUGAUUUAUCAAUUUAAGUAGACGAAUUUCAUUGAGUAUUUUAUUGUGACGCCAGUGUAGUAUGGUGUAUCGUAUGUAAAUCCAAGUUACUUCGAUACUAUGAAUAUUGGUAUACUUUGAUUGCUUUUAAUUGUUUGUAUUUAAAUGCAAUAACACGUUUUAUAUUUGAAUUUAAACUGUAUGCUUAUUUGUAGAGAUCAAGGCUAUGCAUUAAUAAAA